AUGCAAAAAAUCGUUAUUCCAAAAGGUUUGGAGAUCGUCAAGACCCCAUCAUUCUACUUCCCACUCAAGGCCAAGUGGCAUUCCAUCUAUGACCCUCAAGGGCAUUACGAUCUUUCUUCAAUUCCGACUACAGUUCCAAGGAUGAAUAGCCACAACAAUCCACAUCCAUUUGUUUGUGUAGCAUGGAAUGUAAAUGAUCCUGGGGUUGAAAACCUCCUCCUCAACAAUAAUCCCCCACCGACUGCCGUGUGUCUCUACACUGAGGAGGAUGCCAUGAGGAUCUUCGAGGCUAUUCAGUCGACCAGCUAUCACGCUGGUGUCACCCUACCUUUGGGGUCCCAAUUGCCUCUUGGCAAUGUGGGAUUAGAGGUGCUUCCGGCCGGACAAGAGUCUCCGGCUCAAGACACCUCAGGUCCUGCCCCAGUCUACAUACGAUUGCCCAGCCUGGAAUAUCACUGUGAAUGUGGCGCGAUCGUCAAAAAGAACCGGAAACACAACAUGAUCCGGCAUAUUAACACAGUUCACCGCACACCCGGAGAUCCUCAGCGGCCUCUAUAUGAAUGCGACAAGUGCGGAAAGACCUAUAUGAACUCGGGUGAAUUGGCCCAGCAUAAAAGGGACAAUCAUGAUGCGCCGCCACCCAAGCCGCGAGCAAUGAAGCAAAAAGCAGCUUCGGAAAAGUUCCCGUGUCAGGUAGCCGGCUGUGAACAUGAAUAUGCCAGCUUGGAGUCUCAAGCUUAUUACAGGCACCUCCAAGAAAAGCACGGGGUGGAGGUGGAACGAAAACUUGAAGAGCGGGAGAUGGUCCCAACUUCACCACCGCACAACCCAAUCGCUGGCCCAUCACGGCCUCGGGGACCACCAGCCCUAUGAAUUAGUGAUGAAUUCUUUCUAAAUCCUCUAUUUUUCUUCUUUUCUAUGAAACACACAUCUAGUCCCGUGUGAGGUAGCCGGCUGUAAAAAUAUAUAUGCCAGCUUGGGGUCCCAAUCUUAUUACAAACACCUCCGAGAAAAGCACGGUGUGGAGGUGGAACGAAAAAUUGAAGAGCGGGAGAUGGUCCCAA